AGCAUCAAGACCAUCACGACAGAAUGAGCGUUGCCAAUUACAAUACCCCGCCCCACAGCGCGCAAACUCUGCAACAAGUUCUGUCUCAACUUGAUAACGACUACGUACCUCCAUAUGCUCAAUAUGUCUUAGUCUUUCAGCGAACCUGCCUACGCAGAUACAACACGACCGUAAGAAGAGGAACGUGCCAGGGUGCCGACUGCACUUGAUCUCGACAGGAUAAUGGAGCACUUGGGUCUUUAUGCUUGGGUGACUUUAUCACUGACCUCGAAAACCCAAGACCCCUCCCCCGUACCUGCGGCAGUGUCUGUUCUCCAUCGACAACCAUCCUCCCCAGCCCGAUCGUGAUCCUCUUGCGAAAAUGACCACCUACAAUGCGCUCUUCGCCCGAACUCCCUUCAAGCUACCAGAGCCGAGUAUAUAGACGAAGCCGUGAUCGCGACCGUGACCGAUUUCUACCCGACGAGAUGCUCUGAUCUGGACGUCAUCCGGAUGCCACGAUGCCCUCCGACCGAAACAAUCCUAUACCGAGAUGGCCUGAUACAUGCAGCGGACUUGUCUUAUGCAGAGCCCGAAACCAGGCUUCGACUCGCAGUCCGGUCGGUCGAGAUUUGGUUGCACAUCCGCGCGCAUCGGACUCCGGAGCCCAUGAGAACAUCACACACUCCGCCUCAAACACUGCUCCCAAAAGACGGGCUUCGUGCUUGAAGGGCGUAAGAUUCGCACUCUCGGGUUUCCAGUCCCAUGUCUGUGGAAUUGCAAUCUCAUCCGACGCCCGAUCGGCACGCGGUUAAUACAUCAUCCUACAAUUGUUCGGGAGGGGCUGCGCCUUACACGCGACAAAGGAACGCUUGAUGAAGAGAGCUCGGGUGCAACGAUAAACCAUUGCCCGAGUCUCUGAGGUCUUCCAAUGCGCUCUCCGAUGGCAAAUGUCCCAGCCAUAUCUGUCUGCUGUCCUACGGAUGUUGUUCACUUGCGCAUCCGUAGGUGUUCGGGCAGAAAGAUAAAGUUCGAGUCCGAGAUUUCGACAUAUGGUCCGAUCAUGCUGCCACCAACCGCCAAUUGUCCAACGGCCCGUAGGAUCUUGCGUCCCGAGCCUGAGUUUUACACAAGAAGAAGGCCGAGUCACGCUAUGCCGUUGUCCGACGGACUUGGCAGCCCCCUCAGAGACCGAGACCUUCGGUGUUCGGUGGGGAUAUUGUCCGAGGAGAAGCACCAGAUGUGAACAGCUGGAUGAUACCGGAAAAUGGAUUCAUGGUAUCGCGGAACUUUUUACGAUUGCACUGAUGUGUCUCAUGGCCCAAGUCGGAGCUCGAGGUAGGUCAAUGUAAACGUAAAAUGUAAUCCUCAGGUGUCUUGAGAGUCGGACUCCUCAAGUCACCUUCCAACGUCCGACUUUGCUCAUCGCGUGACACCAUCAUAUCGUGAUGAAUGGUUAGGUAAAUGAAAGGAAAAGUGCUGUCUAUAUCACAAGGAAUGCCUACAACGAUCUUGGCCUCAUUGCUUACUUUCGCGAGGCUGGUGUUCAGGGGUUCCUGGCCAAUGUAGCGCUCGGAAGAGUGAAGUCCGUUCCCGACGGUGGUGAGAGUAAUUUAAAAGGACGAUUCUUGCGUACAUCUCUUGCUCUUCGUGAUUACUUCGUUUCUCACACUUAGACUAUCCUCAAAGGUAAUAGGCACCUGCCUCUCAGCGCCUUCCUCGAACUGCAGAUCCUUCCCAGCAGCUGGUCAAGUCUCCAACCAUGAUAUGUUGGCUCCCUCUUGAUGCAAUCCGUCGGCUGUAUUGAGAGUAUAUAUACUUAGUCUUUUUUCAGCACUGCUUAACGGGGCAUCGCUCAGGCAUUUCUCUCGUUAGAGUGGUCAAACGGGGGCUCCCAGUGCGGACCCCUGUGUAAAGCUGUAUACAGCGUUGUCUCUUUUACUUGUAGGCUGCUUCAGAGCUAUAUAUCCUGUGAUCUGAGAAGUGCUUAUCGGGGGACGGUAGUCGAGACAUUCCUCUCGUUAGAGUGGUCUAGCGGUUAUGCAUAUGUUAAUAUGCUAACAGCGCUCUUGUAAAGUCGUAGUAAGAUACGUCCUCUUUUUGCCUUUAGGUCACACGUUCGAGUGCUGGACUUUUUGUGAUAUUGAUAUGAACGACACAGAUUCGGCUGAAGCCAUAUACACCAUGAUCUAAUUGCUACUUCGCGGGGGUCGUGGUUCAGACAUUCCUCUCGAUAGAGUGGUCAAGCGGCUUGACUGAUCCCCUGCCAAUGUAAAGUUGUUUACAGCCUCGAUUUCCUUUUGCUCAUGCGUUCGAACAUGUUGGCCUUUCUUUUUGCACAAUGGCAAGGGUCAUUGGACUGCUCCUCGCUGAUGCUCGGGCCGUCAGACAUACUGGUGUCGUGGGCGGGACCCAGGUUGGCAUACCACGGAGCGAUUUCCAUGACAGAAGCAAACCUCCAGCGGGGUUACUCACUAUAUAUACCACAAUCUGAUCAAUGUUGUCGGGGUUGGGUUCAGACAUUCCUCUCGCUAGAGUGGUCUGGCCGAGUGGUUAGUGACGUAGCCGUGUAAUGCGCCAGCAUGAAAGGGAUAAUCGCACUAACGCUCAUUCCGCCUGUAAAGUCGUUUACAAUCCUUCCUCUUUUGCUCGCGCGUUCGAAUGCGUUAAUCUUUUGGAAUUUUGGUCUGAAGAGAUGAGGUUGUCGUCGCAGUGCUUGACAGUGCACGCUUGCAGUGGGUCGGUUGGUGGCAGACCACUUAGCGACUACAGUGGGGUCAGUCACCUGUAGCUGGACGUCAACGCUUCCCUGCUAGAGUGGUUUGGCAGUGCAACUUCCAAGUCACCAGUGCGAACACUAAUUGACUGGAAAUACUCUCAUGUCUGACGAAUACAUGUCAAAAUGGAAGCUGGAUGAUAAUCAGUGGCUUUUCCUCAUCCCUCAUCCCUCUCUUUGAUCCCUGACUGCUGUCUUAUGAGUAAAUUUACUGGGCACUGAGCUUAGUGAUGCGUGUAUUUCGAUUGGCUACAGUCUACCCGCUGGCA